GAGAAAUGGCUUGCUCGUGCGACGCGCACUUUGACCUCCGCCGGCCGCCGCCGCGCCAACGACAAGGCUGGCUGCACACGACACGACACACCCUACGGGCGAUGCGAGCCUUUUCUUCUCCCAUGCCCAUGCCCGUCUCCUAAGCAAGCGAGCGAGUAGCUCUCCUCAAUCGCGUGCACCCCUCGGCCGGCCGGCCAUGAAGCCCCAGAAGAACACCCCGUCCUCACGCAAGCUCUCCGUCGCCGUCGCCACGGCGAUGCUCGUCCUGCUGGCCCUCGCGGUCGUCUCGCUCUACGACUUCAACUUCGCCGAUAGCUACAGGUACAUACUCCGCGCCUCCAUUUCCCCGUCCUCCGCGCCAUCGUCGACGUCGACGGUUCCGGACACCACCUCCUCGCCUUCGACGGUUCCGGACAACUCAUCGUCAUCUUCGGCGUCUCCGACCAACUACUCGUCUUCGGCGUCUUUGGCCACCACCGUGCCGGUGGAGGCCUGCGACCUUACACGGGGGCAAUGGGUGCCUGACGACGAGGCGCCGUACUACACGAACCUGACGUGCCCCUUCAUCGACGACCUCCAGAACUGCAUGAAGUUCGGCAAGCCGAGCCUCGAGUUCAUGCGGUGGCGGUGGCAGCCCGACGGGUGCGACCUCCCACGCUUCGACGCGGCGCGGUUCCUGGAGGCCAUGAGGGGCAAGUCCAUGGCCUUCGUCGGGGACUCCCUCGCCAGGAAUCACCUCAAGUCUCUACUCUGCAUCCUGUCACAGGUGGCGCAGCCGGUGGAGGUCCUGACGACGGCAGAGAUCGACGUCACGGGGAGGGCCGUCCGGCGAGACUUCCACUACGGCAGCCACGGCUUCAACGUCUCGCUCUUCUGGUCGCCGUUCCUGGUCAAGGCUAACCUCUCGAACGCGGAGCCCGGGCUGGGCCUGUGGGACAUGCACCUCGACACGCCUGACGCGCGGUGGGCGGCGCACAUCUCCGACUUCGACUACAUCGUCCUCUCGGGCACCAACUGGUUCUUCCGCCCCUCGGUGUACCGCGAGGGCGGCCGGGUCGUCGGGCGCAACGGCGGCGCCGCCCACGACGCGGCGACCGAGAUGCCCGUCUCCGGCGCCGUGCGCGCCGCGUUCCGGACGGCGCUCGGCGCCAUCGCGGCACGCGAGGGGUUCCACGGCAAGGCCCUGGUGCGGACGGUGACGCCCGCGCACUUCGAGAACGGGGAGUGGAACACCGGCGGCGACUGCGUCCGCGAGCGCCCGUUCCGGCGCGGCGAGCGCGACCGCGACGCCGUCGUUGCCGAGUUCCGCGCUGCGCAGGUUGACGCGCUCAGGGAUACAGCCGCGACGUCGAAGCGGAAGGGGGCGGAGCUGCGGCUGCUGGACAUCACGGAGGCGAUGGAGCUGCGGCCGGACGGGCACCCGAGCCGGUACGGCCACCCGCCGGGCGGGAGCGUGGAAGGGAGCUUCGUGGUGGACUGCCUGCACUGGUGUUUGCCCGGGCCGGUCGACCUGUGGAGCGAGCUGCUGUUCCAGAUGCUGGCUGCUCAUCAAUAGCAUAGCAUCGGUCGAUCAUGUUGACACUGACUCAUCGACCUGUGGAGCCAGCUGCUGACCUGCUGUUCCAAAUGCAUCGAAGCUACAAAAGCUUCAGUAAAUUGAUUUUUUGCCAUGUUUAGAUCAAAGUAAAUUCAAAUAGCCAAUCAUAUUGUGGUCCAUGGCAGUAGAGGUUUUGUAACGUGUUUGGUUGCGUGCACUAUAUGGUGCAUGCAUGGAUGGUUCUGGAUGGUGUGGUUCAACUAAUUUACUUGAACCAUAUGAUUCACUCCUCUUAGUAGAAUAGUAUACUAAGUGGAUAGCUUCAUCCUGGAUGAGUUGGUACGGUUCAUCUAACCAAGCAAAUGGACCA